AUGUCGACCGUAUUGAGGACGCUGCGCAACAUUCGCCGAAUCGGCCUGAAGGAGUAUGCCCACCAAAUGCAGAAUAUUGGUGAUACCAAAGCCGGAACCCUAAUUGGAACCGAUCGCUUCGGCAACAAGUUCUACGAGAACAUGGAAGAAGAGCUGCCUCUUCGAACACGAUGGGUCGAUUACAAGACCAACUGGCCAGAGUAUCAGCCUGACCAAAUUGAGCCUGGCUGGCAUGCUUGGAUCUCCUACAUGGUCGACACUCCUCCAUCUGCUGACAAGCUCCUUCAGCCCGGUCAGCGUACCUGGGAGAUCCCAGAGCACCGCGUCAACCCAACCUUGAGCCGUGCUGCGUUCAAGACCUACUCUACCACCCGUCCUAAGUACUCUGCUUGGACCCCUGUGGCUGCCCCGCGAUAA